AUGGAUCCUAUGGAUAUUGACCAGGUCAUGCCAUUUGAGGAUAAUGAUGUUGACAUCGGCCCACUUCAAGCAAGCAUCUCCCUCCUGGGACGUCUCUUCUCUCCUAGACUGGUGACCAGAACUUUGAUGGAUCGUGUAGCCAAUGGGAUGUGGGGGACUGCGGCAACCUGCAUCAUUGUCCAUGAGGCGGAUCAUGGGCUUUGGCGUUUUAUUAUUUCUGAUCGUGCUAUCAAGGAACGCGUGGCUAGUCGCUCCCAUGGAUAG